CAAAAUUCUCGUAAUGGACCAGUUUGUAACAACUUACAGAAAAGACUAUGUCAACCAAAACGUACACAAUACCAGUUUAAAAACGAAGGACGAUUUUUUCAGACAGUAUUACUUAUCCGGCAACCCAAAAUGCUCUUGUCACUGCGCCCAAAGAGUCCAGGAAGAACUGCUAAACCCUGAAAAUGCCGUAGCGAAACCAGGUUUGCAAUCUACCAAGUUCACACACCCUGGGGUGUUUUUAAAGAAUCUCAAGGAAAAAUUUCCCGAUAUUUUUAAGUGCUUGGCUAAAGCACCGCAAGUGGAUGUUAUAGCUAGGGUGAAUAGAGAUAGACUGCGGAGCACUUACGAAGUGGAUUACUGCAAAGUAAAGGAGCACGUUCCUGGUGGGGAUCGGAAAGCAUUGUGCAGAAAAAUGACAUGCACUUCAAGAAAACGCAAGUGCCCCUAUAGCUAUGAUAAUUUUUUGACGCCCUAAUACAAGAUCUUUUUUAAUAAAGUCUGUCUGGUA